AUGCUAAAAAUCAAAAACUUGCGUUGUUCAGUUCAAAGAGCGGUUCACACUCGACAACUGGCCUAUGAAGGAUAUGGAAAUCCUCCAGAGGCUAUUCAAUUGAAGUCCAUCAACAUCGGAGACAAGCCAGCAGCUGACCAGGUCUUCGUCAAAUGGAUCGCAGCGCCUAUCAACCCAGCAGAUUUGAAUCAGAUUCAAGGCGUUUAUCCUGUCAAGCCAACUCUUCCUGCAGUUGGAGGAAACGAAGGAUUUGGGAAAGUUAUUAGUGUUGGAUCUAACGUCAAAUCAGUAAAAGAAGGGGAUCAUGUUAUUCCGAACAAGUCAGGUUUAGGAACAUGGAGAGAACUUGGUCUUCACUCUGAAACUGACGUCUUCUUGAUUGAUAAUGAGCUUCCAUUAGAAUAUGCAGCCGUGUUUCAAGUAAACCCUCCAACGGCAUACCGCAUGUUGAAGGAUUUCAUCCACUUGAAAAAGGGAGAUACAGUUGUACAAAAUGGAGCGAAUUCUGCUGUUGGGAAGCAAGUCAUUCAAAUCUGCCGUAUCCUUGGAAUCAAAUCAGUGAAUGUGGUUAGGAAUCGAGAUAAUUUGGAAGAUCUUGUGAAGGAGCUGAAAGAUCUUGGAGCAGAUGAUGUGAUUACUCAAGAGGAAUUGUACGGAAGGAAGAAGAAGUUUCCUGGCGUGAAACUCGCAUUAAACUGUGUCGGAGGACGAAGCUCACUAUUUCUUGCUAGUCUUCUAGAUCAUGGAGGAUGCAUGGUGACAUAUGGAGGAAUGAGCAAGCAGCCAGUAGAUUGCCCAACUGGUCCACUGAUUUUCAAGGAUAUCUCACUUCGUGGAUUCUGGAUGUCGAGAUGGUAUGAUAUUCAAAAGACACCAGAGAAGAGACAAGAGAUGUACAAGGAGUUGGCUGAAUGGAUGAAGAGUGGAGAAAUGAAAAAACAAGCAUUCGUUAAUAAUCGAUUGGAAGAUCAUGCGAGAGCAAUUGAGGAUGCACAAAAUAAGCACGAAAAGAAGCAACUGUUCCUUCUCGAUUAA